AUGCUGAGACGGCAGACAACAAACCUGCUUAGAGCUCGAACACCCGCCCCGCGCACAUCUCGCCACGCUCUCUGUGCGACGCUCACGCAGCACCGCACACUGGCGACGUCGUCGCCGCUCGCCUGGGCGCGCUCCAACUCUCGCAUCUCGACCGUCUUCUCGCUCCUCAUCGCCCUAGGGGUAGCGUCGACCGCCUACGGCGUGUACGAGUUCUACUCCGCGUUCACCAUGUGGCCGCAGGAGGUCCGCGGCGACCUGCGCACGGGCAUCAAGGCGAAGAACCAGGGCGAUUUCGAACGCAGCGAGCGGUACCUCCGUCGCGCAUACGAGACCGCGCUGGCCCUGCCGCUCUCCGCCUUCGCCUCUGAGCCGUACUUGAAGCUCUCCGGCAUCGCAAUAGCGCUCGCCUCCGUGCUCGAGGCUGCUGAGCGCGCCGAGCCUGCGUACGAGGUCUACACUGACGCGCUCUCCCGCCUGCGAGCGGCACAAGCCGCCGCGCCAGGCACGCUCUCUGGACCGGAGCGCAUGCGCGCCGUCGCGCUCGCGAUGAAGCUCGGCGAGAUGGCGGAGGCAUACCAGCUGCCUGUCGAGGAGGAGGAGCGAUGGCUCACGUGGGCGGUCGAGGAGCUUCUGCGUAUUGUCCGCGACGAGGGGCAAAAUAGGCAGCUCGUGGUUGGGGACGCUGUCCAGGACGCGGGUGUGCCAUUCAUGCUCGCAGAGCUGGACGUGCCGCCGUGGGUGACCAAGACGGACAUGGGUGCGCCUUUAGAGGCAUUGGGGCGCUUCUACUCGCGCGAGGGCAACGUCGAGUACGCUAUUCCGCUAUACCUGCAGGCGAUCAGCUUGCUCGUCCCGCCUGCUUCAUCAAAGAAGAAAGCAACGGUCGAGGAGCGUUGUCGGGGCGGACAGCUCAUGAAUAACCUCGCGGAGCUGUCUAUCCGUGGAGAGCCCACAGACGCAAAACGGAAACAGGCCGAGGCAUGGGCUCGACAAGGGCUCGCGACUAUCGAGAGCACCAAGGCCUUGGGCAAGGGUUCCCCUGAAGAGUUGAUGCUGUGCGACGAAGCACUGGCUGCUGUGCUAUUUAAUCUUGGCUCAUUGCUUGAGAUGGCCGGAGACACUGAGCAAUCCAGGGAUUUGUUUCAAAAGAGCCUUGACCAGGCAAAGAACACGAAGAUGCGUGAAGGCAUCAUACAAUCGCAAACAGCACUUCGGCGCCUCGAUCGUGCCUCAAAACGCACCUCCACCCCUGCUCAGGAUGAUAAAUCUGGACCCUAG